AUGGGAAUACCUCUGUUGAGGCGGCCGUCACGGUGGCGAGCGAAUGCAGUGGCGGCAAUGGCUGGAUUGCCAGAUCGGCCUUUGAUCAUCCACUCUAGCCCGUGGUCGUUCCGCGUGGCUGAUUGGACGACCAUGGAAGAAUGCGCGCUUUUUGCUAUAAAUUUACCGUUUACAAACGUUCAGCCGAACGAAACGGACCGGCCCCGGAAGCGGUUACAUCGUUUGGCCAUUCAAUCUCUAUUCCGACCGCGAGCGUUCGCCGAGCAGACCGCUGUCACGACAUGCCCUCGACAGGGUGGCAGGACCAGCAAGGUCGUGGCCGAGAGGCCGUCGGUCGCUGCGGUGACGGGGCCCCUGCACCUGCGCGCGCCUGCCCGUUUCCGGUCGCCAUGGUCAGACCGAAGCGACCAGUCGCCGUGCAACUCGCCCAUCCCUAAGACGUAUCCGGAUCCGCUGGUCAAAAUUGAUCUUCUGGGAGGGGCAACAACACAUGGCGGCGGCGACGAUCAAUGGCGAUUGACGCAUCGACCUGCGCGCGGCAUUUCUGGCAGCGGCCGGUCUUGGCUGGAGCAUAGGCGCGUUCGCCCAGACAAAGGCCGCCGAUACCAACGAGACCAUCGUCGUCACGGGGAAGAUUGGAGGACGCAACCGCAGGAACUGUCGGGCACGGCCAUGACCGGUCACCGUGGACGCCACGGCGAUCAGGGGAACGCAGGCGCCGUCGAUCUGACCGCAGCGUUGCAGAAAGCGUUCCGGCCUCUAUAUCCGCAGCCAGUCCGGCCCGUUCAGUUACGCCGAUUUGAGCCUGCAGGGAUCGCGCAGCGGGGACGUUUGUGGACUGGGACGGUAUCCGUCUCAACAAUCAGCUGUACGGCGACGCUGCCGACCGACCUUACGCUGCCGGCAAGCAUGAUCGAUGGGAUUGAGGUACUGAAAGGGGGCGAGCCUGUUCUACGGCACGCAAGCGGCGGGCGGGGUUAUCAACGUCGUGACCCGCGGCUUCAGCAAGCACGUUCGACGGUCAGCUCAACGCCAGCGUCGAUACCUUCGGCGGCAAUGCCGUCGACGGUUUUGCGCGCGCGCGAUCGGCGAUCAUCGUUUCGUGGCAUAUGCCACGCAUAA